GUCUAACACUUUUUAGAGUCGCUUAAUGAAACGAACUAGUUUAGUUUGAUUGCAAAACUUAAGGAGAACACAACAUUCAAGCGGAUUUUUGCCAAGUGAAGUGCUCAAAGAUUUCAAAAGAAAAAGCAAAGCAUAUUUGAACAGAAAUUCUCAGUGAAGUAAAAUAUAUUUUGAGAAAAUAAAUUUUAUUGUGUUUGAAGUUGACGUAGAAAAAAUGAAGGUGCAAAUUAUUUGUGGUGUUGCCUUGAUUUUAUUCGCGCAAACCUUGCAUGCGAUGGCCAUCGAAAGCCGGGAAAACGGUGAACAGUUAUUGCAUUUCGGCUUCAAAACGGAGAAUGGUCAAUCGCGCACCGAGGACAUUAAAUUCAAUAACACCAAAAGUGUGAUAAGCGAUAAUCCAGAGGAGUCUGGUGAUAAGCCUGUUACAACUGUGAAACCUGUGGAAUAUCGUGGUGGUUACAGUUUCAUCUCCGCGGAUGGCUACGAAUACACCGUACUCUAUAAAGCCAACAAGAACGGCUUCCAACCCUAUGUCACAGCACGCAAGAUACACAACGAUAAAAUUUGAGCAACAACAACACUAGCGUGAAAUAUGCUAUAUCAAUAUAAUUUAAUUCGUCUACGAGUAUUCGUGUUAUUUUUUAGUGUUAUUGUAAUGAUUACUUGUGUACCCGUAUUUUAAGUUGUGAUAACGAAAUUAAUUUAGGUUGUUGUAUUGUAACUACAGUUAUAAAUUUUUGGUAAACA